AUGAUCCGACAGGCUGCCGGGUUGCGUCCCGGCAGGGCGCUCCAGGAGGGGCUUGCUGAGCUGUGCCGGGAUCCGUGCAACAUCGUGUUCGUCAUCAGCGGGCGCGGGAAGGAUGAGCUGCAGGCGGCUUUCGGCCACAUCAAGGGACUUGGACUGGCCGCGGAGCACGGGUCAUUCUACCGCUGGCCUUCGAACGACAGGGAGUCCGGUGGUGUGGGCGUCGGUGGGGACGGAUGGGAGGCUCUGCAUCCGGGCCUGAUGGACACGGCGUGGAAGUCGGUGGCGAGGCGCUUCAUGCAAAACUUCCAGGCCAAGCAGCUGCAAGAUGAGCUGACGGACGUCCUCCGUUUCUCUGGCGCGACGAGCACCCCCGUGGAAGGCGUCCUCUUCGCGGGAACCACCCCCGCUGGGACAACAACCGGAGUUACGGGCGGCGGCGGCGGCGGCGGCGGGGGAAUCGACAACAUGAACAUCUGCAAGAACAGCGGCAGCAGCAAGACUUCCAACAUGAGCAAGAUGAUGACGGGCUUGAACGUGAACGUCAGCACCACGGCCGUGACGGGAUCGACGCGGUCUAAUUCUUUGGCUUCGGUUGCCUCGGAGGGGUUUGGUGCUAUCGAGAUCACCCACGAGGAGGGACUAAACUCGGACACUGGCAGCGGCGGCGCUUACCUAGAGGUGCGUGCGAGGGGAGCGAACAAAGGAAACUUCGUGCACAUGGUGCUGGACCGCCUGGGGUGGCCGUCCGAGGUUUCGAGCUUCCCCGCUCCGGCUGACGCCACGGACACAGACGCACCCGCGACGACUGCCUCGUCUGCCGGAGGGAGGUUCUGCCUCUGCGUGGGAGACGAUGUCAGCGACGAGGAAAUGUUCGUUGCCGUCAAGUCGUACGAAGGAGUGGCCACGUCCAAAGGACAACGCUCCGUCGGCACCUCCGCCUCCCCCGCUUCUGCUCUGUUACACACGGACGGGUCGGGGGCCGAGGCUGCCCCAGCGUCCAUACCCCCCGUUUUGCCCACCGGCAAGGAGAACAUGACCCCUGCUGCGGAGCCGGGGCACCACCAGGCCAUGCAGCCGCAGACGCAUCUGUUCACGGUUACGGUGGGCAGCAAGCCGUCUGACGCGGAUGCGUGGCUGCCGGGGGUUAGCGCCGUCGUCUCUCUGCUGCGCAUCCUGGGAAGGGUGACCUCCCGACACGGGACUGCGCAACGGUCCAUGCUCGCGCCCCGCGCGGCAGCGGUGGGCAUCUCCAACUCCCCCAUGCUGGAGCCCCACAGAGGUAUGACGCAACCCGUGUCCCCUACGCGAUCCGUCCGGUCCGCCUCUGCUAGCAACGCCGACGACGCUGAUGCCACCGCUAGUGGCACUGCCGCCAAGAACCACUCGUUCAUGGCGUCGUUUGCGGACGGCGGGAAGGCGUUCGACCCCAUCCCCGAGGUCUCGAUGGCCGUGCGGGCGAUGAACGUCGGGCAGGGGAUGCCUGUCGUACGGCGGCACUCUUACACGAUCGGGGGAAAGCCUAGGAUUUCGCUCUCAUUGGCCGAGUUCCUCCAGUCGGUAGCGCAGCCGGAAGCGGAGCCGCCGAGCUUCUGAGUACUCUUGAUCUAAGUAUUAUCUGGCCUGAUCCGACCCCAUCGAUCAGGCUGGAGUUGUCCAACUAUCCCACGACAACCGAAGUCCGCGGAGUUUUUUUGUGUUAUUUCAGCCAGGAACACGGUGUAGUAGCCGGCGACAUGCCCAACCUGGAGUUAGGAUUGAUAGCUGCUGUUUCCGUGCUUGACGUAUUCCGAGUUGUCAGCGGCCGGGUGUCUGGUGGGAAAUCUACGGCCGAAAUUGUAGGCUUUCCUUCGUGUUUGUUGGCCCGGAAGAUGCGGGGUGUGGAAGGUCAAGAUCGAGCCGCAAUAUGCAAAUGUGAACUAUAUUUCGGACCAGAGUGGUGUGCACGAGUGGUGUUUGGUCGCUUGUUGUGUCCGCGAGCAACCUUGAAGAGGCUGUUAGAGGAGAGGAGAGGAGUGUUGGAUGUAGUAGAUGCUUGAGGUCUGCGCCUGGUGUUGUCUGACGAAAGUGUGUGGUUCCGUGUGGUGCAAACGCAGCACGGACUUGAAAUGGGAGUGAACAUGUUUGAAGCACAAAUGUGCUGUGUAGCAUGGAGGAAGGCGAAGUACAUGUACGGGCUAAGGGUGUCAGGAAUGAAUGUCCAGGGGCUAUCAAUCGCUCUUCUGGCCUCCAUGUGAUGGCCAGAGAAGGGAGGGGGUAGUAGAAAAACGGGAGCUUGUUGUUCAUGGAAUGCGGGUAGAGAAGCUCGGCGACUAUUUUUUGCAUAGAAGUGACGUGCACAUAGAGAAGUGAUGUGUUAAACGUGGCGAUCGUUAGAAGGAGAGAUUAGAUGGCGCUAGGAAGUGAUGCCAUGAAUUGAUUUGUGUCGUUCACGUCCACGGCGAAGGUUGCUGUUUCGAUUGGGCGGGAACUUCGGUGUUACAUAGAACCAGGCGUGCGCGUACGCCGGCUCUCACUCUACAGGGAGCACGGUAGAAGCGCACGCACGCACGUCCAACACCACAAAAUUAUCCAAACUUCACGUCGCUGUAGUGUUACUUGUAGAUGGAUCGAGAGUGUCUUGUGGAAGCCCCCACGGUACCGCUCACGACGCGAAGGUGCGGGUUUAGAUUUAUUUUUCGCGCUCGCCGCGCCUGUUCAAACAAAACAUAGUAGAUGUGAUUGGUGAUAGAAGACUAAACGCUUUGUGAUUCUCUCAGGGUGGUGUGAUCGAUGGUACACGCAACACGCGAACGAGCUGUGUUAGACAACGGGGCUGCCAUAACAGUGUGUUUUUGGCGAUAUAUCGUGCCUUGAUAGAACGGCUGUCUGUUCUUCUAUCAGAGAGCGUGCUGCAGUUAGAUAAAGAGGCGUGCGACGAAGUACAACGAAAAGCACCCCAUGGUGAGUCAAGUCUUGGCGAGGUGUGCUCCUGCUUCGUCUGGGCAUGAGUCGAACCCCCUGCUCAGCCUGCUUUGUCGCGCUCUGCACUAUUGAUGGCCGGCCCGGCAAGCAUCGCCUCGCUGCAAGUUAUGUAGAACCCCGAGCUCCAGGGCUGGGGCUUUGUCGUGCAAGUCGUUUCGAGUUGUGGGGUCCGUUCCCGGGUGGGCGUGCUUGCUUGGCUUUGCUGCUGUGUCGUGCUCUUUGUUUUUCUCUUUCGUCAUUAUCUUGCAUGUGUUGGUAUUUUGUGGAUGCUAGACGGCACGUGAAGAGUUGGUUGCCUCUUGGUAAGGGGUGGGUGGCUUGCCGCCGUGGCUGAUUGUGGCGUAUCGUAUAGAGGUCUGCUUGAAUAUUUUAUUUUUGAGUUGUAGAGCUAAGAAUCGCUCAUGCUGUUGGCGCGUGUGGGGAUGAAUCGAUGCAUAAACGUGGGCUGACGCGCGAAACACAUGUUUUGCUGGCCUUUGGUCGUGGCGAGUCGCCGGGCGAUUGUUUUGGAUGAAGAGAAGACAACCUCCCCUCGACACCUUGUUGAUCGAUUUUGGUUUGGGUCGAGGUAUGCAGAGAAAACGACGAAGACUGUUUUUGAUAGUUGGUUUGGGUGAGUGGAGCGAUGAACAAGAAUUUUUUUUUUGUGUUCUUUUUUGUCGUGAUUCGGUCGACCGAUAGUGGAUGUAAAUACCGACUUAUUUCGUUGGUAUGAUCUGCUACUCUGCAGGUUUGAUUGUCGCUAUUUGCUUCAUAUAUCGGUCGGCUUGAGCUUUGAUUCCGGUCGAAGGCCACGCAUCCACUCUCUGAGCGCUGGGGGUGAUGAUGUUCCAGACCAUGCUGUUUGUCUUGAGACCGUGGCAUAUUGACGAUGCUCCUUGAUUAGUCCUUGUCUUGAUGGUUACAUGUAGAGGAGGUGAUGUCCCAGACAACUAGCUUGUCGGCAGACGCUCGUCACUGUGGCAACGGUCGGCGCGUUGGUGAUACCUGGGUCUUCAAGGAAGCGAUCCGGGCAGUGUUGAACGCUGCGUGCAGCCAACCACGAAUGUUUGUUGUGCUGUUUUUUGGUGGCCUGCUGUUGGCGAGCUUUUGAGGGAACUUCACGGGUAGGGAUGCUAUUAUAGCGUACAUGAGCUAAGUGCCAAGAUGACUUGUGACUGAGUUUGCGUCGCCUGCGAUAUUCAGCUGUUGCAGCCUCCGAGCUGGGAGGACACUGUUGUUGCAAACGAUUAUCGCGAGCAACUUUCGAUUGUUACAUUAGGGGAUCACAGGCUCUUCAGAAGCUAUGGCUUGUGGUGUUUGGUGUGGUUGAGAGAUCGGGGAGGGUAAUGAACUGUGCACCGUUGUCUAGCAGUUCUGCACGUCAUUGCUGCGUUGUGUGAGCACCUGUCCAACAAUAAUUACAUGUUCGAAGAGUUUUUUUCAUCG